AGAGAAGGGGGGAAACACCGGGAUAAUCUGGUUACAUAAGAAGCCAUUGAAUUUGCAGAACGUCUCUGCACUAAUCCGCUGAACUAUUCAUGUUCAAGUGUCCCGCGGCGCCACAACACACACACUCACGAGGGCACACAUUGCGCGCACACUUGUGGCUCCAAAAGGCUACAGACGCGCCGCAGAGGACACCGGAGCGCACGUUAUAAGAUUAUUUUAAAAAGCAAAACGCGCAUAUCUUUCCACACUUACGCGCGUCUCUACAGGAGCUUGCUGUGUCCUCAUGUCGCGACUGGCGGCUUGUGCUGUUGGAGCCUGUGACGAUUCCGCUGACGCGCCACUCGCCGCACCACCCAGGAGACAGAGAGGAGAGCUGUGAGCAACGGAACGAGCAGUGGACUGACUGGACACCGGGCUUCUCUCUCCUUUUCUUUUCUCUCUCCUCCCCUGCUGCUGUGCAAGUCGCUGCGUUUUUUUUUCUUGGACGACAUUUAACGCGCAGUUCACCCAGUAAAGCAUCACCCAGAGCUAACCUUCUGCAGAGAUGGAGGUACCAGGUUUGGCGCACAACAUCACCAGUCCGCUAAGUCCCUGCGAGGGGAUGAUCAAGGACCUGAGCUUGGACGCCAUACAGUUAUGCGAGCGCGAUGGAAGUAAAUCCCAGGAUGGCAGCAUCUCUGAGAUGGAGGAGCUUCCCGUUCCUCAGAACAUCAAGAUCAGCAACAUCACCUGCGACUCCUUCAAGAUCUGCUGGGACAUGGAGGCUCGCAGCAAGGAGCGCAUCACGCACUACUUCAUUGACCUGAACAAGAAGGAGAACAAAAACUCAAACAAGUUCAAACACAAGGACGUUCCUACCAAGCUCGUGGCCAAGGCAGUGCCGCUGCCCAUGACGGUCCGAGGCCACUGGUUCCUGAGCCCACGCACAGAGUACACCGUGGCCGUCCAAACUGCAUCAAAACAGACUGACGGAGACUACGCUGUCUCCGAGUGGAGUGAGAUCAUCGAGUUCUGCACUGCUGACUAUAAGCUGCGUCACUGUGAGAAUUUAAUGAGGUCCCUCAGUUAUGUAUUGACCCAGCUACUUUCCUGCUCUUUGUUGAACUUAAGGGAGGAGCAAGAAAACCGGAUGCUGCCGUCAGUGAAAGACAACAGCGGCAGCCAUGGAUCACCCAUCAGUGGCAAGCUGGAGGGAAUUUUCUUCAGCUGCAACACGGAGUUCAACACAGGCAAGCCUCCGCAGGACUCCCCGUACGGUCGCCAUCGCUUCGAGGUCCGUGCCGACACACUCUUCAACCCUGACACCAACCUGUACUUUGGAGACUUCUACUGCAUGUACACGGCCUACCACUACGUCAUUCUAGUCCUGGCACCCAAGGGCUCCAGCGGCGAUGAGUUCUGUAAGCAGAGGCUGCCUGCCCUCGACAUAACCAACAACCGCUUCCUCACCUGCAAACAGGACAAAGAAGGGGAAGGCAGUCUGGUGUUUCACCACGCCCAGGACGUCAUCCUGGAGGUGAUCUACACAGAGCCUGUAGACCUGGCGUUGGGCACGGUGGCGGAGAUCAGCGGGCACCAACUGAUGAGUCUGUCCACGGUAAAUGCCAAGAAGGACCCCAGCUGCAAGACCUGCAACAUCAGUGUGGGACGCUAAAGAAACGUCAGGAUGCAAGCGGAGGAGAGAAGGACUGGAGGUGACUGACCUCUGCACACACAAAGGAAGUCCACAUGUACUGAUGAAGCAGACCAACACAUGCAUGAAGCAGCAGAUUUAGUAGGCUCCCAGACAUGCACACCGACAUAUCUCUGACACUGCUCUGUACUCUCAAGAGACCAUCAUUCCCAAAGAAGAGUGGAGAAAAAAAAAGAGGGAGGUACAUACUCUGACACCUGCACCAUCGUCUCCUCAUCUGAAAAAGGUUCCCCUACUGUUGAAAACACACCUAAAGAUAUCCCACUGAAGGGGCCACCAACUGAGAAAUGUAAACCUGGGACACCAUCACAGAGCCAUCCAUCCACCCGACAAGUCACACUGGCAUACUGACCAAACCCUUUAACUGUACUAACGAACACGGGCUGCUUCAACUUCCUGUUUAUUUUAAUCAGUUGUCCCAUAAUUUAUUAAUGACCUUUGCCUUGUUAUUAUUGAUAUGCUGUUAACUGAGCGUCCACUAUCUGGUGGACGAGAAUUUUGUUGUUCCUGAUUACAUUGACGAUUUGUCUUUUUAGAAAUGUUUUCUCAUUCCACAGUUGACAAAUUCAGACUUCUUUUUACCUCCUACUAGUGGCAUGGACUGGUACUACAAUUUUCUAGGGCUGCAGCAUCGAUAGUCAUCUUUGUUUAUACCAAAGGUAUUAAAAAGCAGACAUUAAACCGCUGUGGGAUCCUAACAGUACUAAUGCAACAGCCUCUAAAAUGUCUUUGAUGACCAAGUGUGAACUACUUGUUAACUUGUUGUUCUUUUUAAAAAAAAGCAUGAUGCAGUUCUGUGCAGCAUGAGUAUGAAAGCUGUCAGUACCUCUACCAUAGCAAUCUUUUCUGCAGCAGUCACUCUUAUUUUACUGUAGUCAGUGGAAAGAAAGAAAGUAGAACCAUAAACUGUGUUUAGCAGAAUAAAUGUGAAAAAAUAUUUAUUUUUAUUGAUACAUUCAUAUAUAGAUAGAUAUAUAUAGAUAGAAAACUAUAUAAACCAGAAGUGCACAAUGUCAAAAGCUCUGAUCAUUGUCAACAACGGCAUUUAGGGGGGAUUAACUUCAUACAGGCAAAAAGGGGGAAUAAUACAAAUUUAACAGCAGAUAUAAUUUGCACUACGAUGCCUACGUUCACCAACAUUCACAUAUUUCCGAGGUGAACACGUUGACAGUCACAAUUUAGAUCACCUAUGAAAUUCUUAAUGCAUAUCAUAGCACAAUGUAGGACUAAAAAACUGACAUGCACAAACACUGCAGGAUUGUCUCACUGACUGCAUUUAAGCUUACACAUUUUUUGCCAAGAUAGCACUUUUAAAAAUGCAGUUUCCACAUUAACUACGGACAAAGUUGUCCAAAAACAGUAUUCUGGCAAGGAAAAAAAAGAGUAACAAAGUGCCAUAAUAUACAUAAAGUAAUCUUAAAAUGACUCAGAUGUAACUAACACCACGUUGUUACAGCGCUUCAUCUUUGACAUAGAUUUGUGCUACAUAAUGUACACUUGCUACAUCAGGUUUAUAAUAACGUGUCAUGAAUGAUAAAGGAAGUGUUGUUGGGACAAAAAAAAAACAACUUUACCCAGCAUUUCAUUCAGAUUGUCACCGAUUUCCAGCAGUUUUCUUCAUGUAAAGUGCAUCUACAUAAUGAGCAUGGCAUGAAACAAGUCCAGACCCUCCGGCAUCACGACCUAAUUUUUCAAAAAACAAAAAAAACAAAAACAAAAAACAAUCGAUUCCUGUUAAGUUAAAUAAAAGUCCCACUGUGAGUUACUCAACUUGUCUUGGUUGAGUCCUGUUGUUUACUGAGCAGGGCCUCCAGCAAACGAAGCUUUGCUUUGAGGUUCUUAUACUGGCAGUACUCCUCUGCCAUUGGUCCACGGUCCUCUUUCUGACAAGUCCUGUUAGCAACACACGGAGGAGAGUAGAUGCAAACGAAAGGCAAAACUUUUAUUUUGUAGUUACCAAACAACCUGCAGCAGCUUCCAUAACUGGUUGAUAGUCCCUAUGUUGCCUUACUCAGAUAGCUUUGUACAGUGUGUAUUGUAAUCAAAAACUUACUGUAUCUACUUUGGAGGACUAACAUGUACAGUGCAAAGGAUGUGUACAGUUCAGCGCAAACGUCUAUCUCUUCGUCUCUUUCCUGAGCUCUCUGUGCUGGAUUAACGUUACAUGAGUGUGCAUUACGCUGUCUUACCAUUACGAUGGAAUUUCUUUUGUGGAUGUUUUUUCUUUGUUUUUCACAAGGCAUUGUUGAAAACCAAAUGUUCCAAGUUUAUUAAAAGACAAAAUAAAAUGCAAAAGCCAAGUACUUUG